CUUUCCCUUUGUGAGUCAGGAUCAGUCACCUCAGCUACUGUAACUCGCUCCUUUGCCUGAAGAGCCCAAAGAGGCCAAGGAAGAGUAUUAAGGCCUAAUUCAAUGAAAUAAUUGGUGUGUCUCCCUGGUGCAAGCAUUCGUUCCUCUGAAACUAAGACCUGCAGGCCAGCAAAGCUAAAGUCAGCAGAACAGGAAGCACCAAGUGUGCGAGUGGGGCACUACCGGUAAUUGUAAAUGGUGCUACUCCUAUUUCCACCUCUUCAUUUAUACAGCCCUAAAUCCAAACUAUGGGAAUUAAAAAGACGAUUUUAUUUUACAGUGAACAGAUCUUUAUUGAUUGACAACUAAAACCAAGACACUCUACUAAUUUUAUUACUCUGCAGUAAACAGAUCAUGAAGAAAUAUAUAUUAACUGAUUGCAUUUCUAAGUAAAGAGUAAGAAGUAAAGGAAAAUAACAUGAUAAUUCUAAAGAAACUCAUGUCUUAAACAUCUUUUCAUCUUUGAUUUUUUUAAAAGAAACAAACAAAUGGCUGAAAAUCUUACAGUUGUUACAGAGUUUAUUCUUUUGGGAUUGACAGAUCGUGCUGAACUGAAAGUUGUGUUUUUUGUAUUAUUCCUGGUGAUUUAUGCCAUUACCUUGGUGGGGAAUCUGGGCAUGAUCUGUUUAAUCCAUAUCACCCCAAAACUCCACACCCCCAUGUACUUUUUCCUGGGCUGUCUUUCACUUGUAGAUGCCUGCUAUUCAUCUGCAAUUGCACCCAAAAUGCUGGUGAACCUCCUGGCUGUGGUGGGAACUAUUUCUUUCUCUGGUUGCAUGGUACAGCAUUUGUGUUUCGGAGUGUUCGUCACCACAGAAGGCUUCUUGCUGUCUGUGAUGGCAUAUGACCGUUAUGUGGCCAUUGUGAAUCCCUUGCUUUACACUGUAGCUAUGUCUAAGAGAAAGUGUGUAGGGCUUGUCACUGGGUCAUGGACUUGUGGAAUAAUUAACUCAUUAAUACACACCAUAAGCUUGGGGAGACUGUCCUUCUGUGGGGUGAAUAUUGUCAGACACUUCUUCUGUGAUAUUCCCUCACUGCUAAAGUUGUCCUGUUCUGACACCUCCAUGAAUGAGCUGUUGCUUCUAACCUUCUCUGGAGUCAUUGCCAUGGCCACCUUCUUGAUUGUGAUCAUUUCCUACGUCUUCAUUGUUUUUGCUAUCCUAAGGAUUGGCUCGGCAGCAGGUAGACAGAAAGCCUUCUCCACCUGUGCCUCUCACCUGACUGCUGUGACCAUUUUCUAUGGUACCUUAAGCUUUAGUUAUAUUCAGCCAAGUUCCCAGUACUCUGUGGAACAGGAGAAGGUGGUUUCCGUGUUCUAUACACUAGUGAUUCCCAUGUUAAACCCAUUGAUUUACAGUCUGAGAAAUAAGGAUGUCAAGGAUGCCAUGAAAAGGGCCAUGGAAAUGAAAAGUUUUCUGUGUUAAUUUCAAGUCACUGUUAAUCCUACCA